GAGUCGACCUCUUUGAGGCAAAGGUUUGCAACGUGCUGGUUCUAGCACCCUAGCUAGGAGUAAUACAUUGGUGUAAAGGAUCAUCAAGGUGUACUAGUGACUGUUCCUACUGAUGUGAAUCUACUAAUUUUGGGCUAGGAUGGACAGGGGGAAGAGAGAGAAAGAAAGGGGACGAGCGAGUAUUUGAAUCGCAGCGGCGCUCUCAAAGCAAGCUGCUCAGUUGUUUCGCUGUAGACUCUCAGCAGCCCCUAAUAAGUGCCUUGUCAACCUUUCAAGAUGAAGUUCUCCGAUAUUGUCUCUAGCCUAGCUCUUGCUGGAGCCGCUGUCGCCUCUUGUAAGCCAGGCCAGCAUCCUACUACCACUGUUGCUGGCGUGGAGGUCAUCGACACUCCGAUCGUCAGGGCAGCACGACAGUUUGUCGAGGAGUAUUACAAGGAAUACCAACCCUACUUGACCGAACACCUCUAUCGGACAUGGCUUUUCGGUGCUGCUGCCAUCAACAACAAUGCCACUUUGAAGGCUGAACUGGACCUCGAAGUUCACGCUGUGGGUAGUCUUCUCCACGAUUUGGGCUGGGACAUCAAACCUCAUUCCCCCUACGUCACUGCGGAAUACAGCUUUGAGAUCGAUAGCGGUCGCUUCGCGAUGGAAUGGAUCAAGAACUGGACCGCCACCAACGGAGGCGCAGAAAAGUGGGAUGAGCUUCGUCUCCAGAAAGUGAACAUUGGCAUCAUGCUGCAGACAUUUGUUGGUUCCCAAGAUUUCGUGUUUCAAGACUCCUAUUGGAUUACGAGAUCUGUCGGUUUCGAAUUCCCAGGCCCAGAGUCGGAGUUGAUCGGAGCGGAGAACUACGAUAACAUCUGGAAAGCUUACUCCAACAGUACAUUGUUCCGCGGUACGAACUUUACAUUCACGAACAUGGCGGUCUAUAAGCCCGCCGCUACGUACACCACUUUCAUCGCCGACUUCGGCAAGGCAUUUAUUUCGGGAUACGAUAACAGCAAGAACUCGUUGUUCGCACUUAUCCAGAGUGGACUUGAGCAGGAGGUUGACCUAUACCCCAACGUAUCCUUCGUGCAGAAGAUCCCCCCGAACAACGCCAACCCACUCGAAUAAGCUCCAACCAAGCCUCACUCUGCUUUCCCGAUAGCCUAUAAGACUAUUAGAAUGUUCUGAUACGGUUUUAAUCUUACAUUGGGUG